UGAUUCCGCCGAGCAAUGGCGGCUGAGCGGAUCCGGGCACUGUCCCGCAUGUAAACAACACGUUAAGCGCUCUCCUUUGUCCAAGUAAAGCUAAACCAGCCGCGGUCAGGAGCAUGAGAUUAUCGCACCACACUCAUCGACUCAUCUGAGCAGCAAAAUGUCGAUGGAAGAUCCGUUUUUCGUGGUGAAAGGAGAGGUGCAGAAGGCUGUAAACACAGCUCAAGGUCUUCAUCAGAGAUGGAUGGAGCUGCUACAGGACGCGGGUGGAGCCAGCAAGGAGGAAGUGGACUGGACCACCAACGAAUUACGAAACAGUUUGAGGUCCAUCGAAUGGGACUUGGAGGACUUAGACGAGACUAUCAGUAUUGUGGAGGCCAAUCCAAAGAAGUUCAAUCUGGACGCGGUGGAACUGGCCAAGAGGAAAGCCUUCAUCACUAGCACACGGCAGACAGUCAGGGAGAUGAAAGACCACAUGACCAGUCCGAUGGCCAUUACAGUGCCUGAGAAGAAAAAUCGACAGACUUUAAUGGGUGAUGGUGGAUCCCGUGGGCCAAUCUGGCAACCGAGUGCUGAAAAGUACACUAGACUUGACAAUGAGCUGCAGACGGCAAAUUCACAGUUCAUUGAAGAACAACAGACUCAGCAACAGCUCAUAGCAGAGAAGCAGGAUGAGCAUUUGGAGUUGGUGUCAGGAACUAUUGGUGUCUUGAAGAACAUGUCUCAGCGAAUCGGUCAGGAGCUAGAUGAUCAAGCUGUAAUGCUGGAUGACUUUUCACAUGAGAUGGACAGCACUCAAUCCAGACUGGACAAUGUCAUGAAGAAACUGGCUAAAGUUUCUCACAUGACCAGCGAUAAACGUCAGUGGUGUGCGAUUGGCGUUCUGCUCGCCAUCCUGUUUGUGGUGAUCCUCCUCUUCAUUAUCCUGUGAUCGGCAAACCGUCCUCUCGUGGAUCUUUACUUCAACUGAGGUGCUUGGAAAGACAGAACAAACCUUCACAAACAAAACACUUUUUUUCCAUAUCUACUUCAUCAUAUGGUAGAGCCGCUUUUUUUUGCUUUGCUAUAAACAGCCCAGACUGAAAACGAUGUGAUUUAAGCAUGGGCUAUUUUGCAAUAAUGCAGUCUGGUUUUUCGCAUUUCUUAUGUCCUGUAGUGUCGUAAUCCAGGGUAAAUAAUUUCUUUAGAAUGGACCAUGAGUUUGAACACUUAUCUAAUGUAUUGUUUUUCUUUUUCUAGUAUUGAAAUAUACAACAUUUCUUGCACACUGCUAUAAUAGUCGGUUUAAACGACUGUAAAUAAUCAACACUAACUACAAACUUACUAAACACUGGAGUUUAACCAACCUGAUACUGUUUAAGCGGGUAUGUUACUGAUCAUACUAAUGCAAAUUAGUUCUUUUUUUGUCCAAGUAUUGUUUUCUGUGUGCUUUGUUUACUUUUUUUUUUACAUUUGAAUUAGCGAUAAUUCGAAAAAGUGAGGUUUACUCACACAAUACUGCUUCGAAUCGUGUUUUUAACUGAAAUGUUUAUGUAAAAACACUCCACUUCAAACAUUAGCUGUGAAAUAGUGUGCUUUAGUAGGCAUUGAAUAUGAAAAUUGCACGACAAUUGAUUACUAUGACAAAUAUCCGGAUCACCGGAUUUAUUUUAGUGUUAAAAGAGAAUUGGACGACUAAUGGUUAGAUAGUUAUGUUCUGUGAGUUAUAGGUUACUAACUAGUCAGUGCCUUAGCACAGAAAAAGGUGAAGUUACAUUUCAUUUUACAACGCCGGAUACUCGUGAUGAAACUUGCUUUUCACUGCUCGGCGAUUCAUUUCAACAAAUGUUUAGCUUUCAUAUUUUCACACGCUGUUGUUUUUAUUUCCAUUACGAAGUUAAAUGGAAAUAUGUGAAGCAGCAUUCAGUGAUAUUAAAAAAAACAACAGUGUUUUUGUUUGCUUUUUGACAGCGCAACACUACUUAUUCUGUGUAAAACAUGAGUGUGUUUGUCGAAAUAGAUAUUUGAUUUGUUUGGUUUAAGCGAUUUCUUGGGUGAAUCACACAAACAAGUGUUGUAUUUUGCCAGAAACUCAAAAGAAAACGUGACAUUUGCACUAGAGAAUUGUUUUCAUGUGAUAUCGACAUGUUUGACGGCUGUGAAUAAUGUUGUAAUGCAAUAUGCUGGUAAUUACAUUGCAAUAACACUGUAAUAAUGAAGUAAUAACAAAUUAAGUUCAUCUGGGCGAUUUAUUUAAUCAAGCAUGACCUUUUAUGUUUGUUGAAUUGACUAAAAAUGGUUAAAUUGCCUGUAAAAUACUCAUGUAAUACAAAAAAGUAUGAUCUAACAAAUAAUUUUCUUAUGUUUUUAAUGCAAAAUAUGACUUCAAUAGAUUUGUGUGAUUUACCCGUUUUACAAAGUACAUUUCGUUCGAUCAAUUAUGCUUUUCUUUCAAAGUCAAGAUGAGAAAUACAGGGAAUCUGCAGUGUUUUUAUCUCUCCAACAUUUUUGUUGGCCCGUAUAAUAGUGUUCCAGAUGAUUUCAGUCACAUGACUGAGUACGACAUCUCUGAUUGGUUCAGAGUAUGACUGAUUCCAUUAUGCAAUUUUACGAUACAAAUAAAGUGACACAAUUGCACAAUGCCGGCACUGUUGCUGAGCCGCAGUGACGGAGCGGAGAGAUCAGGGUUGUGAGCGGACUCAUAAACGCUGUUCUUCCUGACCGCGUGAGUUUCAGAUGUACGUGUUUGUUUGCUGUGUUUGUUUACUCCAGUUUUUUGUUUAUUUUUACCCCUAAUCGUUUCACUUCAUCCCUCAGAAAACUGUCAAACGACAUGUGUACCCUCAGUCUGUCACUGUGUGAAACUCUGAGCCCCAUUAAAUAAAUCAUUUCAAAAUGA